GGUUCUCAAAUAUUUACAAUGUUUUAAAUAUAUGUGAAAAACUAUACAAUUUCGAACGCUGUUAACACUCAAAGCUAGAUAUAGACAGAAUUUCUGAACAAUGAAAUUUGAAAAAAUUUGUAGAACUUGCCUUUUGGAAAAAAGUCCCCUUAAAUCUCUUUUUAAUGCUUGCCUACCAAACAUGUUAAUGUCUUGUGCUUCUAUUCAGGUUUUAGAAGGAGAUGGACUUCCCAAUCAAAUUUGUUUACAGUGCCUUCAAAUGAUAAAUCGUGCAUACACAUUCAAACAACAAUGUGAAAAAUCAGAUGUUGUUUUGAGACAAUAUCUAAAUAAUAUAGAAAUACAGAAUGUAUCCCUGGAACACAAUAAUUUAAUGGUCGUUAAAGAUGAUCAGCUGUUGAGCACUAGUGAAGUUCUGCAACAGAAUUCUUUAUUUCAAGAAAUUUUCAAUGAUGCUACCACCCAGUCUUUAGUUGAGAAUUUUGCUAACCAAAAUGCGAGUUCAGUUGUGGAUGAUUUAGCUGAAACGAUGCAUAGUUUACAAACAAUAGCAGAGCAGUAUUUGCCAGAAACAUGGCACACAGACACACAACUUAUAUCUUGUACCAAUGGCCCACAAGAGGCUUUUACUAGUAGCUUGAAUCUCACCAACAGCUUUAAAUGCCAAUACUGUCAGGAUAUGUUCGAGAAUGAAUGGAUUCUUUCAGAACAUAUAAAAGUUCACACAACAGAAAACAAAUAUUUCUGUAAUAUCUGUUGUAAAGGUUACUAUACUGAAGAUUUAUUGAGUAAGCACUUGAACGAUGACCAUAGUUUCGAUAAUCUGAAUCCUAUAGAACCAAAAGAACUACCUAAGGAGAAUGUGCAGUGUGAUAUCUGUGAUAGAUUUUUCGUCAAUACUAAGUUUCUGAGAAAGCAUUUGAAAGAAAUUCAUUUUAGUGAUCAGUUCACCGAUGAUCAUGAAAAAAAGUUUAUUUGCUCUAUAUGUGGUAGAGGGUAUAGGCUGAAUAAAUCUCUCUUAAUCCAUUUGAGAACUCAUACUGGAGAGCGACCACUCAAGUGUGAAAUAUGUGGUCUUUCCUUUGCUCUAUCCAGUUCACUACAUAAACAUCGAAACAUUCACAGACUAGAGAAGAAACAUGAAUGUCAUAUGUGUGGGAAGAAAUUUAAUCAAUCCUCUAAUCUCUCUACCCAUUUGAGGACUCAUAGAAAUGAUAAACCCUACAGCUGCAGUAUUUGUGGCAAGAGUGUUGCCUCAAAAGCAAACCUAAAUGUGCAUAUGAGAGUUCAUACUGGUUUGAAACCAUAUAAAUGUAGCCACUGCACAAUAAGCUUUGCUACUAAUGGGCAGUUGAAGAAACACAUGAUGUGUCAUACCGGUGCUAAGCCUUACCAGUGCUGGCAAUGCGGCAAAACUUUCAGACGAAAAGAGACUAGAGAUACACACGUGAGGUAUCACACUGGUGAAAGACCCUAUAGUUGUAAUAUUUGUUCCAAGAAAUACAUAGCAGCAAGUCAUCUUCGAGUUCAUAUGAAAAGCCACAGUGGUGAGAAAGUUUUUGAGUGUAACAUCUGCACCAAGACUUUUUCAGACUCAAGAACCUUGAAAUCCCAUAUUAUCAUUCAUACAGGGCAGAAACCAUACUCUUGCGAAUUUUGUGGGCAUCAGUUCACUCAACUGGGUUCACUGAAUGCACAUGUUAAAAAUAUACAUAAUUUACAGUAAAAA